AUGUUAUGGAUUGUCAUUGUGUCGGGUAUAACGAGUUUUGUGCUGUCAUGUGGUAUGGGUGCAAAUGAUGUGGCCAAUAGUUUUGGUACUGUUGUUGGUUCCAAGACAUUGAGUAUGAAGUGGGCCAUUGUCAUUGCGAGUAUAUUCGAAUUUCUUGGAGCUAUGGGUGAUUAUGUGAGUGGAACUUUGAGAACUGGAAUUAUUGUGGAAGGAUUUUUCCAACCAGGUGAAGAAACCUUCUACAUGAUUGGAAUGAUGUGUGUCUUGUUAGGUCCUACAAUUUGGCUCAUAUUCUCGACCUAUCUUUCAUUGCCAGUCUCAACAACUCAUGCAGUUGUUGGUGGCAUUUGUGGAUUUGUCAUUUCACUGAAAGGAUACAAGGCCAUUCAAUGGAUGACCAUUGGAAGAAUUGCACUCUCUUGGGUUGUUUCACCAAUUUUGGGAGGUAUUGCAUCGGCUCCACUUUAUUUUGUUAUUAAGAAAUUCAUUUUGCAAGGAAAUGUUGAAAAGAGAACACUAAUCUUUUUCCCAAUUAUUACUGCCAUUACUGUUACAAUGGUAUUUGGUUCAUUAUUCAUUGAAGGUUCUCCAGCAUUGUAUUUGGAUAGAGUACCACUUGCAGCUUCAAUUCCAACAACUAUUGGUGUUGGUAUUAUUGUUGGUAUUGUUUGUGCUUGUUUCAUUCCACUCAUCAAGAGACAAUUACACAAGAGAGCUAUCAAGAAGGCCAUUGAAAAGCAACAUGAACAACAAGCUAAGCAUGAAACUGGAGAGGUAGAUAUUGCUCAAUCCCUCACAACUGAAACAGAAAUGAACAAUACUGUGGCCAAUCUUGAAAAUGUGGAUAAUAUUAAUGAGAAGAAUAGUACAGUUGUUGGAGAAUCAUCUUAUGGAUCAUUGGAAGAUGAGGAUGAACUUGAAAAGAAUGACAUUACAAAGGUUGCUGAGGAAAAUAAUGAAAAUGUUGAGGAGACUACCAAAUACUUUGAUUCUCACGAAAUGACAAUUGAAACACAAAAGGAGAAUUCUGAUGUCAUUUACAAGGGAUUGAUGAUUUUCUGUGCUUCCUUGACAAGUUUUUCACAUGGUGCCAAUGACGUCAGUAAUGCUGUUGGUCCUUUCAGUGCCAUCUAUUCAGUCUAUGUUCAAGGACAUUUGAAGGUUGACGCCUUUGUACCUUACUGGAUUUUAUUUAUUGGAGCUGCUGGUAUUGUUGUUGGAUUGGCAGCCUUUGGAUCACGUGUCAUUAAGACUGUUGGUAAUAAUUUGAAUAAGAAACAAUUGGUUCCAUCUCAAGGUUUUAGUAGUCAAUUGUGUGGAGCUUCAUUUGUCUUGAUUGCUUCUAAAAUGGGAAUUCCAGUCAGUACAACCAAUGCUCUUGUAGGUGCAGUCAUUGGUGUUGGUAUUGUUGAAGAUUUUUCAGGUGUAAAAUGGAAACUGUUGGGAGAAGUUGUUAUUGGUUGGUUGACCACAUUGCCAAUCUCUGCAAUUUUAUCUGCAGCCAUGUUCUCAUUCCUUAAAUGGCUUGUUAUUUAAAUAAUUGCAUAAUGUACAAACUCUUGAAAGUACUUGGAUGGCUUUGAAUUCGAUUCUCAUAACUUGAGAGAAUUUAUUCGAAUCGGUGUGCAUUUAAAUUCCUUAGAUAAAAAAAUAUUAUUUUAAC